AUGACUGACCGAGAAACAAUAUCGGAAGAGCACCCAUUAACAGUUGAGAACAUACUCCGGACGCUGUUCCCCACCCAAUCAGACGACCCCAUCUUGAACAGUAUGCAGACAACCUCCUUGGUCACUGCCCUAUCAGGAAUGAGAAAACCGCAGUACGAAUCCAUGAUCCAGGAUGAGGACACAAGGAGGUUGAUCGGAGUUACAUUUGAACUUGGAACACGUGCUGGUGUUGCUGAAGUGGAGAACAUCUUCAGGAAAGGGUUAAAUUUGGAUGCUAGGGAUCCACCAGGUGUCCAGGAAAUAGGAGUCAGAGAGGAGGGUGUCUGGAGGAUGGGGACUCAAGUUGGACGGAAAAUGUACCGUUACUUCCUACCUGAGCCCAUAGCACGGCAAUCGGACAGAGGUAAAUACACCCUGGCGAUGGAGGUUCUGCGCCCCGACAAGUGGAUCCCUAGAAUCACCCUAUCCGGUGAGAACAGCAAGGGGGAGAAGACAAAACUUUUUGAAGCUCAGCGUGGUGCAAGUGUGCAUCGGGGGAAUGUGACUGUAGGCUUGACACUAGUCACGCCUCAAGGAGAGUACUGGAUGCGACUACCAACCAUUCUGGCAGAUAACAGGGAGCAAAAGUUGCCGUUCACCCGUUUGGGUGACACCCACUGGUGA